AUGCUCAACUUCCUCUCGCGCCGCACCAUGAAGGGCGAAAAGGCCACGGCAAAAACAUCCCUCCUCGAGUCGUGGUCCCCCGGCGGCUUCCUGCGCGCCACCCUGCGCUUCUUCCAGUUCGUCAUGGCCGUCGUCGUCAUCGGCCUGUACGCCCAGGACCUGCGCAAAGCACAACAGCAGGGCAAGUACGCCGACGCGAAAUGGGUCUACGCCGUCUUCGUCGGGUCGCUGAGCGCCUUCCUGGCCCUCGUCUUCGCCCUGCCCCUCGUCAAGUCGUGGAUGUUCUUCUACCUCGACGCCCUCGUGUGCUUCUUCUGGGUCGUCGUCUUCGGCAUCUUCGGCAGGAUGUAUCUGCCCUUGAAGCCCGACGACGAUGAGGCCGCUCGCGACAAUAGUCCCGGUGUCGUCCGCAUGAAGCGCGCCGCCUGGAUCGACAUGACGAAUAUGCUGCUUUGGUUCUUCUCGGCGGUUUAUGGAGCCUUCGUGUUUUGGAAGUGGCGUAAGGAACGUACCGUCUUCACCGGGCGGGCUGAGUCGCACGUCUAG